GGUUCGAAAUACAAAAAAAAAACAGAAGAAGAUAAAGUGCAAACAAACUAAGUUACAAUUGAUUAUGUACAGACCCGGAGGUUUUGACAGAAGAGAAUGUCCUGAGCCACCACAUUUGCUUUUACAACAGAACAGAUUCCAGAUAUUGAAUGCUCAGAAUCAACAGAAUUGUACAUCUCCAGUGCUAUAUAAACAGACUGGAAAUACAAACAUGGACCAAGUUCAAGGUCACAAUACCAAUGUCAACAUAAUACAGAACCAAGGUCAAGGAUGCAGUCCAAGUGCACAGAUUAUUAGAUGUAGGAGAAUGCUAUGUCAGACUCAAGAAUUCUAUUAUAUGUUUCCAUCCCCUCGGAGAUCAUCCAUUAGUAACCAUCCUAGUGGCUGUAGAACUAUGGCACAAAGAAGACUUAUGCAUCAAAGGCUGGACUCCAGUAACACAGGAAAUUCAAAUCAACAUUUAAUGAUUGAUAAUGAAGAAAACUAUAUGCAAAAUAGCAUGUUACCUAGAAACAUAUUUAAUAAUCCACAUACCAACUUGUCCAUAGAUAACAAUGCUAUUUGUGGGAAGCAGCAACUUGUACAAGAGUUUGAAUCUAGUGAUAGGUCAUGCAGUCAAGUCAUAAAUGGAGGUAUUGGAGGAGAACAGCAGGCAAGACUGUCCAUGUCCCAGUCUCGUGUGGCUCUGUCAGAUUUCAUCAACAAUAAUUCUAUAGAUAUUGAUCAAAGUUUUAAUGGCUUAGAUGAUCAUUCCUACAGUCGUAAAAAUACAGACAAUUUUUCAUAUGAAGAUGAGAAUCAUACUAAUGCAGCUUACUAUACAAACUGCCAAAGAGAUAGCUCCUCCGAAAGACUGAAAGUACUGCAGACAAAUUCUGCUUCUUAUGAAGGUCAAAGAUUUCAAAACUCUAAUGUAUGUCCAUUUCAAAGGAAUCAAUGUGCCAAUUCAUUGAGAAUAGACAGAAAUUCUAAUGGCAAUCCCACUGUUAGUACAGAUAGGUCAGGAAAACAGUCUGCAUUAAAUCCUGAUGUAGAAUCCAAACUAGUCAAACAACAUCUGAGGAAUAAAAUUGAACAACAAGCAUCACUGAAUCAUGUGGUAAAGUCCAAAUUGGUCAAACAGUCUACAUUGUUACAGUUAGCAUUAAGAGAUAUGAUAAACAAAGAAAAAGAAAAAGAGAAAACUCAUAUUGAGGCUGCCAAAAAUAAAAAGAACUUUAGAAUUGAAGGCUCUGCAAUUACCAUGAUUACUGAAGCUAAACAACCUGACAAAACAUCACAGACAAAAGAUAAAAGUAAACAUUUGGAAAGUGUGGUUGAUAAAACAGAAUCAAAUAUAUUAUGCUCUUCAACUUCAUCUGGUGAAUCUGUGGAAUGUAUGAAUGCAGAUAAAAGAAAUAAUUCUGAAAAUGAACCAAUGGAGAAAAAGAACUUCACUAUUUCUGCCAAUGUUCCAACUGUAGAAAGCAAAAUAAUUGUAGAUAAUGCAAAAAUGGUUACUAGGAGUUCAAGAAUAAGUGAAAACCAAAACAAAGCAACAUGUCAUCAGCAAGUUAAUGUAAAGUCAUCAUCAGAAUGUGCGAGUGAAGGUCAAGUUAGGACUCAGACAGCACAAAGUUCGGAGAGUGAAGGUCAAGUAAGGACUCAAACAGCACAAAGUUCAGAGAGUGAAGGUCAAGUAAGGACUCAAACAGCACAAAUUUCAGAGAGUGAAGGUCAAGUAAGGACUCAAACAGCACAAAGUGCAGAGGCAUCUUAUAAUCUGGCAUUAAAACAGUGGCAAAAACAGAAUUUGUGUAAAACUAAAACUUCGCACUUACAGAAAACAAAUACUGUUAAUCAAUACCACCAGACACACCAACAAUUGAAAACGCAGAAUUCUGGAAGAAGCAUAGAAAUGGACUCCUCAAAUACAAAGAAUUGUGAUCCAUCCCUUGAGGCACUUGAACAGAAUUCUGUCAGAUCUAUGAAUAUCCACUCAAAUACAAAGAACUGUGAUCCACGCCUUGAGGCCCAGAAACAGAAUUCUAUCAAUUCUAUGAAUAUCCACUCCUCAAAUGCAAAGAAUUGUAAUCCAAGCCUUGAAGUUCAGAAACAGAAUUCUGCAAGUUCUAUUAAUAUCCACUCAAAUACAAAGAUUUGUGAUCCACGUCUUGAAGCACAGAAUCAGAAUUUUGCCAAUUCUAUGAAUAUCCACUCAAAAACAAAGAACUGUGACCCACAUCUUGAAGCACAGAAACAGAAUUCUGUAAAUUCUAUGAAUAUUCACUCAAAUUCAAAGAAUUGUGAUCCACGUCUAGAAGCACAGAAACAGAGUUCUGCCAAUUCUGUGAAUAUCCAAUCAAAUACAAAGAAUUUUGAUCCACGCCUUGAGGCUCGUAAACAGAGUUCUGCCAAUUCUAUGAAUAUCCACCCAAAUACAAAAAAUUGUGAUCCACGCCUUGAGGCAAGUAAACAGAGUUCUGCCAGAUCUAUAUAUAUCCUCUCAAAUACAAAGAAUCAUGAUCCACAUCUUGAAGCUCAGAAACAGAAUUCAGCCAAUUCUAUGAAUAUCCACUCAAAAACAAAGAAUCGUGAUCCACGCCUUGAAGCAUGUAAACAGAAUCCUACAAUAAGUAAUGACUCACUAAAUACAAACAGCUUCUAUCAAAAUGCUGAAAUAUGUACAACAAAUGACUAUGGAUACACACACAGCACACCUCUGCUUCACUAUGGAUACACACACAGCACACCUCUGCUUCACUAUGGAUACACACACAGCACACCUCUGCUUCAUGACAGAAAGAAUGUAGAUUGUAAUGUAAGUCUUGAUAAGUUACAAAGUAUAAAUCCAGAAUGUCCAAGAAAAAAUCCAUGUAGAGAAAAUGAAAGUUCUGAGAACUCCUGUCACAACAGAAAAGAGGUAUCCUCUAAAGAUACAGGAUUCAGACAGGCUCUUGUAGAUGUUGUUAAAGCUAUGUUUGACUUGAGGAGGAAUAAACACUUUAAGGAAAAGAUCAUUGCAGGAAGUGAAACAGAUAAAGCAAGCAACAAUGACAAGAAGCUUGAUGGACAAAACUUGAACCAAACCAUUUCAGCACACAAGGGUGAUUACGAGCUUGAUAGACAAUCAAGAAACCAGCCUGAUAAAUUAAGCAUAGAGGAGUACAAGCUUGCCAGACAAACAGUGAAUCAGCAGAUUAAACCAAACAAAGCUGAGAGCAAACAGGUUGCAGAAACAAGGAACCAGGCCAAAUCAUUUGAAACCUACGAUAAUUCCCAAAAUGGAAGAGUUAAACUUAUAAACUGUCAAAGAAGUUCAAACUUUUCGACAAAGACAAAUCCUGUUCUGAGCAAAACUGUAAAAAAUACUGAAGUAGCAAAUAAAAGGCCUACCUCUCUUGAAGCGACUAAAUCCAGUGAAAAGUCUGCCUCUCUUGAAGCGACUAAAUCCAGUGAAAAGUCUGCCUCUCUUGAAACGACUAAAUCCAGUGAAAAGUCUGCCUCUCUUGAAACAUCUAAAUCCAUUAAGGAUAAACCUUUUUCGUGCAUUUCCAAUGCUAAUGAUAGAAACAUUUUUACCUGUGUAUUUGACACUGACAGCACAAGGACUAGUUGUGAUAAUAGAGAUGACAUUGAAAACGAUGAUUUCAUGGAUGAGAACAAACAUCACGAAGAAUACAGGAAAACAUCUGACUUGCUUGAAAAAUCUUACUCCUGUCAAACUCCAGACAAAUUAAAUGAAAAAUCUAACUCACAUGGAACUGACAAAAUUAGUGAAUAUGGUUUAUUUUCCAGUGAAAAUUCUGAAGAUGAUAGAUGGCUGCCAGAUAAGAAAGAGUCUGUUAAAGAAAACUAUGAAGAUGGACCAAAAAAGUCUGAAGAUAAAUGUUUAAUUUUACAAAAGGAUCUUCGGAGUACAUCAGUUUCAGAUAACAAGGAAAGGAAUUCUGACAGCGAAGGUUCCAACAAUAUAACAGAGAAAACAGGUGUACAUGGUAACAUUAACUGCAAGACUCCAUCGCCUUCAAAAAUGUCACCAAAAAUUCAAUCCACUGGUAAAGAUUUUAGUUUCUUAGAACUAGGAUAUUGUCCCCUAGCUUUACCUCUUGGUUGCUAUGCCUACGAAGAGGAUGCAGACAGAGAGGAGAACAAUAACGACUCUCCCAAAAGACUAGAAUUUGACCCUGACAUUGUAGCCACAAAUAAACACAUGAGAAAGCUUUGUGAUGAGAAAUACAACCAUGACAACACAGAGAUUCUGACACCAUGGGUUAUAAGAUAUCUGGAUGAAAUCCCAAAACCAACAAUUCGUAGAGAAUUUUUAGAUAAGAUGGACUUAGAAUUGAAUGAGAACGAAACUAACCAUCAUCAUAUAUUACAAGCUUCUAUAGCUUCUCCUGAAAACAAUGAUAGUGGGGAAGAGGAUAUACAAACUGUCUACAGGGAAUCACCACUGAUUAUUCCAUUGGAAACUCACUAUGUGAAAGAUACUAUAAAAACGCAUCAGAUAAGAUCAACACUGGCUAGUUCAUUGGACGAUACACUGUCAGAUAUAAAUUCCAUUCCAAUUUCUGAUGACACACCAUUGAUAAUCCCAUCAGACAGUCACUAUGUGAAAGAUACUAUAAAAACUCAUCAGAUAAGAUCAAUUCUGAAUUGUUCAUUGGAUGAUACACUGUCGGAUUUAAAUUCCAUUCCAGUUUCUGAUGACGAAUGUGAUUGGUCAUUGGGGGAGUCUGAAGAUGAUAGCAGUACAGACAACUACAGUGAAAGAGUACCAGGAGACUAUAGUGAAAGGGUACCAGGAGAUAAUAGUGAUGGGGAACCAGGUGAAAGUGACCAAAAUGAGGAUAAAACAGACAGUGCAGUGGAAAAGUCGACUUAUUCAAAGAAAAGUUUACAAUGUGAGUUUGGUCCUGAAAGUAGUGAUAAUAGUCCAAAUGUAAAUAUUACUACCGGAAAUCAAGUUUUGAUUGACAGGUCAAAUACAGAAGGGACUGAUUACACAAAGAAUGAAAACCAUGGACAUUUGUUGCAAAGAGGAACUCUUCUGACAAAUAUUCCUGUUGACAAUAAAGCCAAAAACUCUGAAAAGGAUAGUUCAUUGAAUUUUAAGAUUCAAAAUGAAAAUGUUUUACUGCAUAAAGAUGCAAACUUUCAUGAGAAAACUGAUAAUAAGAAGGAAGAGUAUUAUAUAGGUGUCACAUCUAUGAAGAUUAACAGUCAAAAAGAAAAAGAUGAGAUAUCAAAUAUUGUUGCUAAUUCAGAUAAUUUAGAAGAUGUAGCUAAGGGAGACAACUUGUUAACUGAAGGAAAGACAAAAUUGUCCAGUUUAUUAGAGACCAAAGUGACAGAUGCUGCUAGUGGUUCUACUCUGUCAACUAAAAAAACAAGGACCAAUAAACGUUCUUCUCCAACAGAAAAUCAGCUGUUCCAGGAAGCAAUGAACUUUUUAUGUAGUGGAAAAAUUAAAGAUAAUAAUGAGAAAAUUAUAGAUUGUUUCUCAAAUUCUUCAAUACGAACCAGGCAAAUGUCUUCUAAUAUUGUUAAAGAUGUUGAACAAGGGGAGGCUAGAAAGAAAAAACAAAAAAAAUCAAGUUCAGUUGAAAAAGAUAUUGUGCAUGCAGACAAUGUGAAGAAAAAUGUGGCAAGAAAUGUGAAGAAAUGUGGCAAGCCUUCAAAGGUCAAAGAAUUAAAAGAGAAACAAAAAACUAUUUUAGACAAUUUAAAAUCACAAAAAGAGAUUAUCAGUUUAGAGAAAAAGCAGGAAGAAAAUUGUGAAAAUUGUGAUGGCAUUGAGGAAACAAAAGAUAAUUUUGAUCCAAAGACAAAAAAUGCAGAAUUGAAUAAAGAAGUAACAAAUGGUUCUAGAGACAGAAACUACUUGAUAGAAGAUAUUGAAAAACAGAAAGAAGAUAAGUUUGAUAACUCUUUUGUUGUAAUGCCAGUUAAUAAAAAGUCAAAAUGUUCUUUGAAUAGACCUGACAUUUCUAUGGAUGUGUUAUCAAGCGAACAGAAAGAUCUUCCACUUAAAAGACAGGGUAUAUCUCCAGAAGAAUCAGAAGCUUUGACGGGCCUUUUAACUUUAGGAGAAAGUUGUAAGAGUGUAGAGACCCAGACUUUAUACAACACAGACCUAAAAAACAGGACUUUACUGAACAGCUCAUGUGAGGUUAAAUCUAAUACUAACCGCAGCAGUGAUGAUAUUAUACAGACAAGCGAACUAGAAAAUGAAAUUGACCAACGCAUAAAUAAGUUACUAGAUGAUGUUAGAGGUAAACAGUUAAAUGGUGAUAAAAGUGGGGCUAAUGAAAAGAAUAAGGGAAAAAGCAAGUCGAGGGGAAAUAGUCUAUAUCAUAAAAAGUCGAGGGGAAAUAGUCUAUAUCAUAAAACAGAAGAGCGAGAACUAAAUCUCAAAGACAACAAAAAAGGUGAAAGUGAAGAAAACCUUGAAGGCAAUAAAAAGGACAAGAAAGAAGAAAAUGGUGAUGUUUGUAAAAGAGAUAAGGAAUUACAAAAUCUUGAAGAUGAUCAAAAGGACAAACAAGUACAAAAUGAGGAAUUUGAUAGAAAGGACAAAGAAUUACAAAAUCCUGAUGGUGAUCAAAAAGGUGUUCAACAGGACAGACAAGAACAAAAUCUUGAGGGCAAUAAAAAGAACAACAAGCAAGAACAAAAUAUUGGAUGUGAUCAAAAGGACAAGCAAGAACAAAUUAGUAUGGAGAAUGAACAUGAAAAAAAUCUUAAAAGUGAUAUAAGUGAUGGGCUAGAACAGAGCAGUAAAGAAGAACAUGAUCAUCAUCCUCCUUUGCCUAUUCUUAUUGCGGCAGCUACUGAAAAUGACCGAUCUGUUCCUAUUGAUACUACUGUGCAGAGUGGAUCAACAGGGGAACAGUCAGUUACAGCUUCAGAUCAUACCCAAAGUCCUGGCUCUAAUGAAUAUCUAGAAAAUAGUGAUAGUGAUACAAUACCAUUGGUGGUAAAAACAGUAGUGGAAGAAAAGACUCCAGGAAAAUGGUUAAUUCCUAUAUUAGAACGACUGAAUAUUGACAUUUCUAAAGGACGACUCGUUGUUACAAAGACUGCACAGAAACUUUGUAUUAAGACUGGGACAUUGAUUAAAUCUACGUGUUCAUAUUCCAGUCAAACCUCAGUUGUUCAAGGAACAGAAGAGAGGAAUACAAUCAACAGUCCAAUUGAUGAACAAAAGUCUAGUUUCCAUGACAGUGAUAGUCAAAAUCAUGAUGAUGAGCUGGAUAUUGAGAAUGUAAAUAGUUCAAUAACAAAAAGUAUAAAGAGAAAGAAAGGUCAAAAUUUAAGUGAUAAUUCUAUGGAGCUAAGAUCUCAAGGAACAACAAAUACCAAGAAAUGGAAAAAGUUGAAAGAUGGUGAAGAUACGUCAGUACCAAGAAUCACAAGAAACAGAGCAUUGCAAGUUAAAAAAAAACCGACAAUAAACCUUCCAAAUAAAAAUGGAAAUUUGAUAAAGAAAAAAACUUCAGGGAAAAAAGUUAAAGAAACUGUUGUAAUGUGUCCAGAAUUAAAUGAUAUUUCUAUGGAAAAUAAUAUUAAUCAAAGUAAAGAAUCCUUGUGUCACAAAAAAACAGAUUCUUCAAAUAAAAAGAGUAAGGGUAUAAAAGGAACAAAAAGAAAACUUGAGUUUGAUGUUAGAGAAGAUGAAACAAAUGAGAACAAAGAGGAUAUUUGUGAUAACAUGGAUGAAAAUCAAAUGAUAACUAAACCACCAGAAACAAAAAAGAAGAAAAUACCAAAAUGCAGGAAAAUGCUGAAUAAAAGUAGUACUAAGGAAGAAAAGUCAACUGAAAAUAUAAGUCCUGCAGCAGAAUUACCUGAACAGAUGAACAAUUUAGGUGAUGAUGUGGUCUCAGAACUUGAUAACCAGAAAGAGUCAGAAAAUGGCAAAAAGCAAAAGGUUAAAAAAAAUAUUAUGAAAAAAUCAUCUAAAAAAUUAUUGAAGUCUCUAUCCACACCUAAAACUAAGUCGUUAAAAGCCAUAUCAGGUGCAAAAUCUAAGAAGAAAACAUUGGCAAAUGGUAACAAGGUUUGUUUCCGCUUAGUGACUGAACCCUCAGAGCAGAAGAUUGUUCGACUAAAGGCUGAGGCACUAAAGAAGUUAUAUGCUACAAAGAUCUGUGCCUAUUGUAAACAAACGGUUCCAAGCAGGCAGUUUAAACACCAUGUGAAGAUCCACCACCCAUACAGAUGUGCUAAAUGUGGACUACUUUUCUCAAACAAGGUAAUAAUAAUUUCACUUUAUUACUUGAAUAUAUGUAAUGAAGUGGGUACAUGUGUAUGUGCAUGA